AUGAAUGAAUAUGCAAAAACAAACAUGAAAAUCGACAUGCUUUCUUCUCUUGCUCUCGUCGUCUGCGUACUCUGUUUUUCGGCGUUGAUUCCGCAGGCUACCCCCGCCCCAUUUCUCUUCCCGGAAGCUCAGUCCACCAUCCUCCCCGACCCUUCCACCUUCUUCGCCCCGAACCUCCUCUCAUCCCCGCUCCCCACCAACUCCUUCUUCCAAAACUUUGUCCUCAACAAUGGCGACCAACCUGAAUACAUCCACCCCUACACCAUCAGAUCAGCCAACUCUUCCCUAUCUCUCGCUUACCCGUCUUUCUCCUACAACUCUACUGCCGUAUCCACAACCCCGUUCGAAGCUGACCUCACCAUCUUCGCGUCCAAUUCAAACAAGAACGGCCACCAUGUAGUCUCCGACUUCAAUGAUUUGAGUGUGACAUUGGACUUUCCCUCCUCCAACCUCCGCUUCUACCUGGUUCGGGGAACCCCCUUUCUCACCUGCUUUGUUUAUCGCCCCACGGCGGUUUCUUUAUCGACCAGUCAUAAGAUUGUCUCGGCUUCCUCAGCGAGUGGCUCAAAAACCAAGUUCAUCGUCAAGCUCGACAAUGGUCAGACAUGGUUAGUAUACACAUCCUCCCCAACUGAAUUAAUUAACAGCGACUCGUCCACGUUAUCUCUUAAAAAAAUUUCUGGGAUUAUUCGUGUUGCUGUAGUGCCGGAUCCUGAUCCUAAAUCUGAGAAAGUUCUCGACCACUUCAGUUCUUGUUACCCGAUUUCUGGGGCAGCUGUGCUCGAAAACUCAAAUACUUUGUCGUAUAAAUUUGAAAAGAAAGGUGGAGAUUUGCUUGUGCUCGCUCAUCCUCUCCAUCUCAAGCUUCUGUCCAAUGCUACUGUUUUGCAAAAUUUUAAGUACAAAAGCAUCGACGGUGAUUUGGUUGGCAUUGUUGGUGAUUCGUGGCUGUUAGCACCGAAGCCUAUUCCAGUCACUUGGAACUCCGUUGGAGGUGUAAAAAGAGAUGCGUUUUCUGAGAUCAAAUCCGCGCUUCAUCGAGAUGUCGACGCCCUUAGUUCAACAGAAUCAAAUCCCAAAUCUUCAUACUUUUACGGGAAAUUAGUUGCUAGAGCGGCGAGGCUGGCUCUGAUCGCCGAGGAGCUAGCUUGUUCUGAUGUGAUCCCUGCGAUUAGGACAUACUUGAGCGAUAAAAUUGAGCCAUGGUUGGACGGUGCUUUUAGCUUCAACGGAUUUUUGUACGAUAAAACAUGGGGUGGAAUUAUUACCAAAUCCUCCAGAACUGAUCCGACUGCUGAUUUCGGGUUUGGUAUUUAUAACGAUCACCAUUUUCAUCUGGGGUACUUUAUAUAUGGAAUUUCCGUGUUAGCAAAGAUUGAUCCUAUAUGGGGAGAGAAGUACAAGCCUCAAGCUUACUCGCUCGUGGAGGAUUUUCUGAACAAGGGCAAGCAAUCGAAUCCAAAUUACACUCGUCUGAGAUGCUUUGAUCUUUAUAAAAUGCACUCGUGGGCGGGAGGGUUGUCAGAAUUCCCAGACGGGAGGAAUCAAGAGAGCACGAGUGAGGCAGUUAAUGCCUACUAUGCAGCUGCUCUGAUGGGGAAAGUCUAUAGAGAUGCGCAACUUGAGGCCACCGGUUCUCUGCUUACUGCAUUAGAAAUUCAGGCAGCUCAAAUGUGGUGGCAUGUGAGAGAGGGAGGAAAGAAUCAAAUUUACAAGAAAGGUUUCGCGAAGAAAAACCGGGUUGUGGGAAUUUUAUGGGCGAUCAAGAGAGACAGCAAGCUUUGGUUUGCGACUGCAAAGGAAAAAGAAGUCAGACUUGGAAUCCAAAUGCUGCCUAUUUUGCCAGUUACUGAGGUAUUGUUCUCUGAUGAGGGGUUUGCUAAUGAGCUAGUGAACUGGGCAUUACCGGCGUUCAGGAGGAAGGGAGUCACGGACAGAUGGAAAGGAUUUGUGUAUGCAUUACAAGGGAUGUACGACAAAGAACGCGCUUUGGAGAAGAUUAGAAGCUUGAAAGAUUUCGACGAUGGAAACUCCCUUAGUAAUCUGUUAUGGUGGAUUCAAAGUAGAUAAACUUCUGUGGGUUAAUUUUUUCUUGCAUGUGCAUGUGGUCAAAUAUCUUAACGGACAGAGUGUUAGGUUUUUAUUCAUACAUCUCGGAUUCAAAAUUCGUUUUUGUUUGAAUUAUUGUAAUAGUUUCGAAUUCUCCUU